AUGGUGAAAAGUAAACUUAGAAGUAGAGCUAGAAAACAGGCAAAUGACGUCACAGUACAGACGGAGCCCCAGCCAUCGGCAGUCAGUGACGUCAUAGUACAGACGGAGCCCCAGCCAUCGGCAGUCAGUGACGUCACGGUACAGACGGAGCCCCAGCCACCGGCAGACAGUGAUACCACAGUGCUGAGAGAGGCGCUAAGGACCGUGACGACGUUCGACGCUCCGUCAGCCCUUGGCGAGGAUCAGCUGACGGCGCUCCUGCAGAGUCUUCCUCGCUUGGAGGAGCUGACCGUCAGGGUGCCGUCCUUCGGAACGGGGCGGUGGCUGCGGCUGCUGCCGACGUCACUGAGGACGCUAUACGUUGCCGGGCCGGAGGUGACGGAGCCGAGGUGGCCGGGACGGUACGGGAGUGGUCUGUCGGUAUCUCUUCAGGGGGUGGCUGCCGACACCAUCAGUCACCUGGCCACGGAGCUGGGGUCACGGAUUACCCUACUAGUCACGGAUGCACAAGUUACUACUAUUCCAAGUCAACUUCGUGGUGCCAUCAUCAGGGUGGAGCCAGACACUGUCAUCCUUCCGGCCGGAGUCCGUGACAGCGAGCUGACGGAGCUGCGGAUCUCACGGGAGACUGUGGAGCGGCUGUCAGUCACCGCCGCCGACCUCCCGCGACUGAGGGGGCAGCUGCCGGAGGGCCUCCAGCGCCUCAAUGUCAGAGGGCCGGAGGUGACGAAGCCGAGGUGGCCGGAACGGUGCCCGUCGGAUGGUCUGUCAGUGUCGCUCCAGGUGGUGACUGCCGACACCAUCAGUCACCUGGCUGACCUGGGACGGACGUUCGAACUACUGGAGAUAUACGACUGUCAUGAUCUCACGGCCGGCAGCCUGGAGCCCCUCACCAGGUGCCCUGAGCUGGAGCGUCUCACCCUGUCCGGCGGCGUCCCUGACACCGUGAGCCUGGAGCCCCUCACCAGGUGCCCUGAGCUGGAGUAUCUCACCCUGUCCGGCGGCGUCCCUGACGCCGUGCUGGACAGUCUCAGCGGCUGCCCCGGGCUGUGGAGACUUAAACUGGGGGACCGCCAGCGGCCGGCAGAGACGGCCUUCACAGCAGCAGCGGUCACCAGACUGGUGAAGUCGUGUCGGGAGCUGUGUGUUCUGUACCUUCACUGCACGGCAGACACCACCCGGGCCGUGCUGACCGCCCUGAAGAAGGCGGACCUGGGCCGGGACAGUGAUGGCCGGCCCCGUACCAUCUAUCUCCGUGUCCCCGGGGAGCUGUUCCGUCAGCUGAAGAGCCAGGAAGGCGGUGGGGUUAGAGUGUGGGAGUGGAAUGAUUGAUGCGCUGCACUACCGACCGUGCAGUGAUGAGCUGACUGCAGAGAGGCCGAGCCAGUCGGCCGGGGCCGCCAGCUGACUGCUGCCGUGUGUGCUGCACCAGCCGGCACUGAGAGCGGCGCCGGUCAGCCGGCACACGGCCCCGGUGUCCGCUCUAGUGUAGUCAUGUAGUUGUAGUACUAGUAGUAGUGUAGAUGUAGUAGUAGUACACGGAUGUGAUGUAGUGGGUAAUUACCGGGCGGCCAUUGUGGGUAAUUGGACGGGAGGUGUGAUGUAGUGGGUAAUUGCCGGGUUAGUAUUGUUAUCCAUGGAUAAUUGGACAGUGAAAAGUGAUGUACUGGAGAGGCUACCAAUCGUGGCAUUACGCUAUUCUGUAUGUAGAACACACGUCUCUGACCGUCCGACUCGGUUCACCGCGCCUGGUCCCGGCGGCACGGCCGGCCUCGGUCACGUGACCGUCCCCCGGUGGAGUCGGACGGCUCGGUCACGUGACCGCUCCCCCCGGGUCUGGCUGCACCUCGGCUCGGCGGUGCUGAGCGCCGUGCUGAGCGUGUUGUGACACGUCCCACACGGACAGCUCUACUCGACUACUGGCUAGCUGCCGUCCGAGCUGGCAGUAUCCACGCGGUGCCAGUUCAGACGGCGGCCGGCCGCGCCGCGCCCGCCCGCUCCGGUCCCGGCCGGCGGCCGUCACCCGGCCCGGGGCGGCGACCGGUCCGUCAGCUGACCAUUGGUCCGUCAGCUGAUUGGUCCGUCAGCUGAUUGGUCCGUCAGCUGAUUGGUCCGUCAGCUGAUUGGUCCGUCAGCUGACCAUUGGUCAGUCAGCUGAAAGGUCCGUCAGCUGAUUGGUCAGUCAGCUGACUGGUCCGUCAGCUGAUUGGUCCGUCAGCUGGUUGGUCCGUCAGCUGAGUGGUCAGUCAGCUGAUCAUUGGUCAGUCAGUUCAUUCAUUCAGUCAGUCAGAUUGGUCAAACACAUGUCUACUAUAUACACGAGAGGAGACGCUUCAGCUGUACCAUCUGUAGCUUAGGGCAAUUAGUUACCGGGCGAGUAUUGUGGGUAAUUGGAUGAAGUGAUGCGAUGUAGUGGGUAAUUACCGGUCGGGUAUGGUGGAUAAUGUAACCCUGGGUAUGAUAUAGCCGGCUGUUCAACGGUCGGACAUAGUCAGCUGGAUGCUACUGAAUUGUGUAGAGCUCUGACGGCACCGGUCAUAACGAGUGUCCUCGCGUCUGUCCGACUCGGUUCACGGAAGCACGCCGUCACGGCCCGGGUGUGCGCCGCCAUGUUUUGUGUCCUCUGCUUCGUACAGGGGGGUAAUUGGGACUACCGACCGAUUGGGAGUCGGAGUCGGAGUCCGUGUCGAUCAAGCUGCCUUGACUCCGACUCCGGACCGGUUUUUUUGAUUUUAGUCAUCACUUGGCCAUGCUACUGAUAAUCGGCUGCGCUUUGACUAAUACAUUUUACACAUG